AUGUCAUGGGAUGGUAAAUAUUUAAGAAAAAAACCUAAGAAAAUAAUUGAUAAUGACGAUAUAUUUAGUGAUGAAGAAUGCAUUGAUGAAGAAUAUUAUGAAGAAGAAAUUAUAGUAGGAGAUAAAAAAGAUGAUAAUUUUGAAGAAUGUAUUAGCGAUGCAUCUAAAACAAAUAUGGAUUUAUCUUGGAAGUUAAAAUUGCCCGAUGAAUUUGCAAAUAUAACAUUCAUUAAUAAUAAUACAUACAGUGGUCGUAUUAGUAGGAAAAUGAUGGAAGGUGAAGGCGUUUAUAGAUGGGUUAAUGGUGCUCAAUAUAAAGGAACAUUUGAACAAAAUCUUAUGCAUGGGAAAGGUUUACUAGAAUGGAAUAAUGUUUGCUGGUACGAGGGUGAUUUUAUAAAUGGUUAUCGACAUGGUAGAGGAAUGAUGGUGGAUGGAGAAAAUCAUUACAUGUACACUGGUCAGUGGUAUAAGGGCUUAAGACAUGGUAAAGGGUAUGUUAUACAAAAUACAAGAUAAUUAUUUUAGAACCGAAUUAGAACUUCACAUGGGUAUGAAAAUUAAAAUAUAUGUAACUAUUAAAAAAAAUAUAGUAUAUGAUGAAAU